AGACAUCUUGGGAAGCCAUGUCACCAUCCAUCCCGGUGUUCAACCUCCAGCCUCAUCUAAUGAGUCCUCUGAGCGAAACCUCGUGGGCAACAUGGCUCGCUUCAGGGAAUCACCUUUCGAUUUCCUUAGGGAAGUCAGUUUGCAUGUGUCUGGAAUCGGCUGGCGGGCUUACGAUGACGUGGUUGGCCAACCCAUAUUUUAUCCCGGAUUUACCGAUAAUAUGAAGGGAAUGGUGUUAUCCAAUGCCAUACUCCAGAAGAAAACUCAGGAAUUGGCGGAGGCAAGGCUUAAGGCGGAGGAGAGAGCUGGUCUUCUCGCCCCAACAGAUACCGGAUAUAGCGAGAGACGAGCACGACGAAGAGCUAUACUGGAGACCAGUCUGCAGGAAGUAACCGAAAAGAUGGCAGAUGAUAUGAUCUGCAGGUUCGAGAGCAAAGCAUUUAUUCGAACGGCUUUUUACGUGUGUACUCAACUGCUCACAAAAGCCUAUCAUCAAGGCAUUCAUGUAUCAAGUGAGGAAGUUCUUCGCCUUCGCUCUGUGGCAGAGCGAGCGGCAGAAAAGAAACAAUCAAUUAUCUUUCUUCCUUGUCAUAAGUCUCACGUGGAUUACGUUUCCCUUCAGUUGAUAUGUUACCGUCUCGGUCUCGCAUUACCUGUUGUGGUUGCUGGGGAUAAUCUUAACUUCCCUUUCGUGGGUCAGUUUCUGCAGCAUGCUGGUGCGAUGUGGAUUCGAAGAAGCUUUGGCGAAGAUGUGUUAUACUCGACGCUCGUACAGUCUUACAUUGACACCAUAUUGCGAAAUGGUUAUAAUUUUGAGUGCUUUAUAGAGGGUGGUCGUUCUAGGAUUGGAAAGCUCUUGGGCCCAAAAUUCGGCAUUCUUAGCUUCAUCCUUGAUAGCGUACUCUCAGGCAGAACGGAGGACGCAAUAAUGUGCCCAGUCAGUACACAAUAUGACAAAGUAAUUGAAACUGAAUCCUACAUCAGUGAGCUAUUGGGACAGCCCAAACCAAAGGAAAACCUCCAGGAUUUUCUUUCUGCUUCAUCUGUGCUUUCCCUUCAGCUUGGAAGAGUCGAUGUUCGGUUUCACGAGCCGUGGAGCCUCCGGGAUUUCAUUAUACAGCAGCGAGCCCGCUUCAGCAAAGUUCAGCCUCCUGUCACUGACAAAUCUGUCACGGAACGAACGAGGCUACUUAGGACACUUGGUUAUAAGAUAUUGAGCGAUAUCAAUUCCGUAUCGGUAAUUAUGCCCACAGCGCUUAUCGGCACCGUACUUUUGACACUCAGAGGGCGUGGAGUCGGAAAAGCAGAGUUGGACCGAAGAGUCAAUUGGCUUACCGAGCGUGUUAGGGCACGUGGUGGUAGAGUUGCCCAUUUUUCCGGAGCCCCAACAAGCACUAUUGUAGAUCGUGGGCUGGAGGUUCUAGGACCCAGUUUGGUGGGAAAAAUCGAAGGGCUCGCUGAAGAUACAUAUUACGCUGUUGAUAGAUUCCAAUUGUCAUUCUAUCGCAACAUGACAAUUCAUUUGUUUGUGUCUGAAGCUUUGGUUUCUGCAGCAAUGUAUACUCGAGUCAAGCAAGGUGGUGGGCCCGACAAUCAGAGGAUCUCUUACGCCAUGCUUGUAGAUCAAGUAUCUUUCCUGUCACAACUCUUUCGUGGCGAAUUCAUAUUUCCAACCGAAGGAUUGAUGAUCAACCUAGACAAGACUUUGCAUGCGCUGGAGAGGGACCAUGUAAUCAGAAUCAAUCGCCGCGAAGAUGGGCCAGUUGGGCCUAAUGUUAUAUCUUCUGUGGAAAUUAGUCAUCAUGAAAGGUUGUGUGGCAGAGAGAAUUUUGACUUCUAUUGCUUCCUGAUAUGGCCGUUCAUCGAGGCAAGCUGGCUUGGCGCAGUUUCAUUGAUGGGUCUCAGUCCCCCGAUUGGGCAGAAUAACGAGGUUUGGCUUGAUCUCAAACGCGUGCAAGAGCAUGCGCAGCUUCUUGGCAAAACCUUGUAUCAUCAAGGCGACCUCUCAUACUUCGAAGCAGUCAAUAGGGAGACUUUGAAGAAUGCCUAUAAUUUUUUUGAGGAAGAAGGAAUUAUUAUUGUCUCCAAAACAAAGUCAUCGCGGCCUUCCCAGACGAUGAGGCUUGCACCUCAAUGGUGCCCUCCUCGAGAUGGUGCCACUGGACAUAUUCUCCCGCAAGGCAGGCUGUGGGACUUUACAGAAAUGAUAGCCAAAUCCCGAAGAGAGGGGAAAAACAGACGAGAUGGAGCCACCGUCUCUACACGUGUGCUCACUCUUUCAGACAAGGUCGGCCAAGAGCUAUUUGUAGCAGCCACGGUCCCACGGUCCCAGCCACCUGAGGGUGACUAUCAAAGGAGGAGGGCAAGAAGAAAAGCCAUUCAAACAAGACCUCGGCUAUAGUCACCUGCAGCAUUCUUUGUACUCUGAUGAUCCAAUUUGAGAUUAUCGUCCUUGAAAAGUACCUCUGUCUGAGGGGUUAUUUGUAUUGGGCCUUUCCGAUGCUCUUCCCCCCCUUCCCCCUAAUGUUUAUAUCUCUUUCUUAAUCACUAUUGUCGUACAUUUCUCACUCGGGAAUUGCCACAUUGAAGCUUAUAAAUAAUGACCGUCUUAUCGUCGUCUCUUGAACCGGCCAUUUAGACCAGUUUAGAUGACUUUAAAUGACUGAAUCGUG